AUGUUUAUUAGGGGACUAAGAAACUUGCCGUUUUCGACUGUUGUUGUUUUGGUGACUUUUUCAACGAUUGGAUUUGUUGAACAUCAGAAAUUCAUCAAAACUUGGGUCAAACAGACAGUGCCGGUUCCUGAUUUUUCCCGCUUUGGGCUAUUCGACAUUUUUACAGAAGAAAAUAUCUACGACGAAGAAGUCGAUCUGUCCGAAAAUGACUCAUCCGAAAAUUCAUCUGAAAAGGAUGAAGCGCCAGCCGAAAUCAUCACGGACCCGAAGUUCUGGGAAAAGAACGACAGAAAAAUAGAAGAACGAUUUCGAAAAAGAAAACAGCGGCUUGAAGCAUAUUGCCGAGAAAAAGAAAUCAACGACAUGCGAGAAUGGAAAACAAGGAAUCGCCACUUUUACGUUGGAGACGCUGAGCAUAAAUUACUGGGCUGUGUGCCGCUAAAAGCCGGCUGUACGAGCUGGAUCUAUUGGCAGGGAGGGCUUUUUCUUUGA